AUGGCCCUCUCACAAGAAGGCUUCCAGUCCUCGGGGCGCACGCCCCUGCGAGUUUACAACAAGCAACCCACGUACAACACAUAUAUUUCACCUUACGGACCCAAAACCAAGCACGUUCCUAACCUCAUGGGUCUGAGCUUAGGCAAGGCCUUUCGCUACGGAACAAUUGCGUCCGGAUUCGGUGUCGCAGCAGGUACUUUUGCGCUCUUCUUCUUCGGCGAGGUCCCCAAGAUCCGAAACGAUAUUCUGUCCAAGGUCCCGGUCAUUGGUGACUAUUGGGUUCGAGAGAUUCCGCCUGAGGAUAAUCCUUUCUAA